CUCUGGAGUCACGAAGAAGCUGGGAGUAUGGAAGCGAGUUCUGAUCUGGAUAGAAUAUUACCUAUAGCUUCUAGAGCAUUAUUCUGUGAAGGAAACAAAGAUUGGACCUUGGCGUAUGUUAAUUACUGUAAAGUGAUAGAGGAGAUGAGAAAAUCAUCAGAAAUGCGUAGUCGCCAAGGGCUGGCGCCGUUGAAAGGAGCAGAAGAAUGUUCCUGGAAUGGUCUUUACGAUAAUUGUGUUAGUAAGGCCGGAAGGCUUCGCAAACUAAUUUUGGAAACUGAAAUGGAAAGGCAAAAUUUCCAACUAGCACCAAAAUUAGCACAGAAGAAAUCAUCGAUUGACUAUCAAUUCCCUGGCCCAAGUCGCCCGCAUACUCCCUUGCAGCAUAAUAUGACUGGUCGAAUGAUAUAUAAGCAGCCAAGAGGAGUACAAUCAGAGACAAAUGUUUCAGCAACUCCUCGUUCGUAUAUAUCACCACAUUCUCCGCCUCCUUCAUCUGCGGCUUUAACCGCGAGUUCUGCUGUUGGGGAUUCUUCUCACUCCAGUCCAGCUUUAAAAAGUAUUCGGUCGCCUGGGGCUGCUAAAAUGGAAGAUCCUUUUGCUUCUUUCAAUGCAUCAGCUAUGAAGUUAUCUGAUUCUGCUCGAGCAGGUGCUACAAGCACUUCGUUCCCUCUCUCAGGCUCCCCUGAAUUUACGAGCGGAUCAAAUCCAUUUAUUUCAGGAAAAUCUCAUCCGUUGCCUAGGCCUCCUCCCACGCAACAUACCGUUUCUUCUAUCUCUAUACCACUAACUAAAGGUAAUUCGUCUGCUCAGACCUUCUCCACCACCCAGCCUUCAGCUUCGCCACCAGCUCUCCCAAAGCUUACACCCUAUACCCCAACAUCAUAUCCUCUGUCUCCUUUUGAUCGACAGGCAUUUUUGAAAGGCUCAAAGUCACUUUCGUCCGAUACUAAUCCGUAUAUCGUCAGCGGGUCUUCUAAUGAUGCUCAUGACUUUACUCCACCUUCUUCAAGUGAUAUGAGGUCUUCUACAACAUCACCAAUUGAUCCAAAUGAUACUCCCUUUGUAAAGCAAACGACCCAAAAGUCGGCUUCGCCUCCAAGUUCCACUUCUCGAUUUAAUAAUCCUCAAAACGAUAAUCCCUUGAGUGAUUUUGAAUCUGCUAUAAUGAGCGAAAUUAUUUCAAAUCACGAGCCUGUUUAUUGGUCAGAUAUUGCUGGAUUAGAAGAAGCUAAAAAUUCUUUAAAGGAGGCUGUAAUCUAUCCAUUUUUGCGGCCCGAGUUGUUUCAGGGACUGCGUGAACCGGUUCAAGGUAUGUUGCUAUUCGGACCACCUGGAACUGGUAAGACUAUGCUUGCACGCGCUGUUGCUACGGAAGCCAAAGCGACUUUCUUUUCAAUCUCUGCUUCUUCUUUGACGUCAAAAUAUCUUGGUGAAUCUGAAAAGCUUGUCCGUGCUCUUUUUGAAGUUGCAAAGCGCCAGACUUGUAGUGUCAUUUUUGUGGAUGAAAUUGAUUCGAUUCUUUCCGCACGAAACGAUAGUGGAAAUGAGCACGAGAGUUCACGAAGGUUGAAGACUGAAUUCUUAAUUCAGUGGUCUUCUCUCUCCAACGCUGCUCCUGAUAAAGCUACAGGAAGCUCUCCUCGUGUUUUGGUACUCGCAGCAACUAACCUUCCAUGGUGUAUUGAUGAGGCAGCACGUCGUCGUUUUGUGAAACGAACCUAUAUCCCUCUACCUGAACCAGAAACGCGUCAUAAGCAUCUUUCUCAUUUGCUACAUAAUCAAGUGCACUGUCUUGGGCCUGAUGAUUUAAAUGAACUUGUUAAACUUACAGAAGGCUAUUCAGGAUCCGACAUAACCGCUUUGGCUAAAGAUGCUGCAAUGGGUCCUCUACGAAAUUUGGGUGAGGCUUUAUUAACGACUAGUGCUGAACAGAUUCCGCCUAUAGAUCUGAAUCAUUUUAAAGCUAGCUUGAAGACAAUACGACCUAGUGUUUCCUCAGAAGGUAUUUAUCGUUAUGAAGAAUGGAAUCAGCAAUUUGGUUCUCAACGUUAAAGUCUAUUUUUACCACCAUUCCAGGCAGAACUUUCACUUAAAGAUAAAAAUCAAGCAUUCCCUAUUCCUUUUCUCCUUUGAUAUUUUGGGUUUGUCCUUUUGAUACAAGCUAUUUAUUUAUCUUCCAUCAUUGAAACUAAGUUUCCUUCUUUUCCUUGCCGAUCUUAAAGACAUAAAGAACUCUAUUUAUCCAUAUACCCUCGUUCUCUGUCGAGUUUCUUCUGCAUUCUAUCAUGUAAUAUCAUACAUUUUAAGGGCAUUUGAUGUUUUCAGUCAGCACCUUUACUUAUUUAACUUUUUUUCUUUGAAAUCCUUAAUUCCUGAUAUGAAGAAGAUUUUUUUCGAAAAUAAGAGCGCCCUCCUUGUUGCAAGGUGUCUUUAUAAAAUAACUUUCAUUUAUCAUCUCUUUAUCCUGCAUUCUUUUCAUGUCAGACUUUUGCCUAUAAAAUUACUUAAUUCACUAUGAUUUUGGAAAUUGAAUUAACUGUGCAUACGCAUUUUAAUUAUAUAUCUUAUUUUGAUCUUCUAGUUUCAUAAUAUAUACACUAUUUUAGUAUAAAC